AAUUAACUUCCUCCCACCCCCGGGAACACCUAGCCACUCCCUUUGUCCUCACCUAUCCCAGCCAUUUAUAGCAGCUAUGGGAUGCUAGAAAUAGAGCCGUGUCCACUAAGAGCCCAGGAGCCUGUAGACAAAAGGAGUAGUGCAGUCGAUUCACAAAGGAGGUAUUCUCCAGCUCGCUGCAGUGAGGCAGCAUGAAAAGCCCUGGGUGCACUUCAAGGCAUACCAAAUGUCUCGUCGUUAUCAGCCUUUGCCUGGGACUGAUCUUCCUGUCGGGAUUCUUCCGUAUGAAGAAUAAAGACUACACAAUCUCAAAGGUCCACGAGGAACUGCUGAUCCCUUUCAUGCCUUGCCGUGCCAAGACUAAUGUCAUGUUCCUCAAAACCCACAAGACAGCCAGCAGCACCGUCCUGAACAUCAUGUUCAGGUUCGCAGAGAGGUACAACCUCACCGUCGCACUGCCAGCUGACCAGCUUGUCCACCUGGGCUACCCAAACACCUUCCUGGCCCACUUUGUGGAGGAAUUCCAAGCCAUAGGACGAAACUAUAACAUCAUGUGCAAUCACCUGCGGUUUAACCCCUCUGAGGUGCAAAAGGUGAUGGCAGCAAACACUUUCUACUUCUCCAUCCUGAGGAACCCCAUUCCUCUGCUGGAGUCUUCCUACAUCUACUACAAGGACACUGUCCCUGCCUUCAGGAUCUCCAAGGACGUGAAUGAAUACCUGGCGUCACCCAUGAAGUAUUACUAUCCAGCGGAUUACAAGCGAAACAUCUAUGCCAGGAAUAUCAUGUGGUUUGACUUUGGGUAUGACAACAAUGCAGAGGACAACAAAAAGUACAUUCAGGCAGUCUUGAAGGAGAUUGAACAGAACUUCCACCUGAUCUUGAUAGCAGAAUACUUUGAUGAGUCCAUGAUCCUCUUGAAGCACACUUUGUGCUGGGAUCUGGAUGAUGUGGUUUACUUUAAGCUCAAUUCCAGAAGCCAGGACACUGUCCAGACCUUGACUCCAGAAAGCGAGGAGCAGAUAAAAGCAUGGUGCUCACUAGACUGGAAGCUCUACCUGCACUUCAACCAGAGCUUCUGGAGGAGAAUUGAGGAGACUAUAGGCCUUGAGGAGCUGGAGAAGGAGGUGAGUCGCCUGCGAAUGAGACAGAAGGAGCUCAUGGAGACCUGUCUCUCGGACCAGGAGGCAGUGGGGAAGGAUCACAUCAAGAACAAAGCUCUCCUGCCUUUCCAGUCAGGGGAUGCAAAUAUCCUUGGGUAUAACCUCAAACAAGACUUAGACAACAGGACACUGAGAACCUGCCAGAAAAUGGUAAUGCCAGAGCUCCAGUACACAUCCUAUCUUUACGCUGCCCAACACCCGCACAAGAAGAGGAAGCAGUUAGGCUUGCCCUUGCUGUGGACCACUUUCCAGGAGAAGAUGCAGCCCCCAACUCCCAACUAGGGCAUGUGACAACUCACUGCAGUUUCCCACCCCUUCGCGUCACCCCAUGUCUGGCACAUGACUGGUCCACAAGGCUCUUGCACAAGAGAGAGAGGCAGGAGAGGGCUUUGUUCAGGGCCACCAAACUGGUGGUGGGUCCCUUUUUGGGGAUGUUGAGCCCAAGGCUCUGCAUUGUCCAGAUCCUGCAUGAUGCCUGUUGCCAGGCAGGGGGACAGCCUGCUGCUGCUGCAUGCCAGGCGGGCUUUCAGCUGGCUUAGACAUUCCUGCCUCUUAAUCAUUAAUCACGGGCUUAAUCAUUUUGUUUGCAUUUGA